CUCCAUGAUGAAGAUGUCUUUCUCCAGAGAUACAGGUCAUCCUGUUUUCAGCUGAUUUGAUGAACAAGGAGACCACAUUUUUUAUUACUUUACAUCCACAUUGCGUCAUGUGUUUGUAUCCCACUGAUUUCUGAAUUAACAAUGAAUAUAAGCUUAUUUAUCUCGGGAUAAGAUAUAUAUAUACACAUCUGUGUGUGUGUCUACUAUCUUUUUCAGUUAUGACAAGUUUGCAUCUACUGUGUUUGGUAUCCAAACACUGCACAAAAAGUUUAUUCUCAAGUGAAAACUUUUAACAAACCGUGUCACUUAUUUUAAAUGCAGAGGGUCUGAGUUCUACACUGAAGACCAACAUAACAAAUAGAAUAUAAAAACAUAUUUAUUUGGGCUGAGUCUAAACUCAACUCCUCACUCAUUAAACUGGCUGCUUGUAUGAGGAGCUGGCAGUGAGAGAUCAUUUAUUGUCCUCCACAGUAUGGACACACAAGAACAAUUAAGUUAUCCAUAUGCACAAUAUCAUUUAUUAAAUAAUUUGUAUAAUAUGAAAUUGUUAUUAUUGCUCCAUUUAUAUAACUUUAAUCACUUGAAUGUUUCAGCUUGUGAGGUGUAUUCUUUACCUACAUACAUAGCGUACAGGCUAUGAGGCUCUACAACAGAUCACCUCUUGCCAGAUCAUAGUGCAAUAACUACAACAAUAACUGAAUACUUACACUAUGUUGAUCUGCACUUCACACAUCUCAUUUGUUUGCACUACACACAUACACACACAUUUCAUUUCAUUUGCUCUGCACUCAUACACACACUUUGCUUUUUGCACUCUGUCUAUAUUUAAUAUUUUUUGUAUUUGAUUUGUCAGUGUUGUAUAUGCAUGUGUGUUGUAUAUUUACAUAUAUAUUUUGUUUUGUAUUUUACUUUUAUUUUACUUGUAUACUUCUAUAUCUUUCAUCCCUGUUUCUUAUAUUUUGUGUUUUGUUUUUAUUCUUGUGUGUUGCUGCUACUGUCACGACAAAUUUCCCCUUGGGGAUUAAUAAAGUAUAUAUCUAUCUAUCUAUCUAUCUAGAUAUAUUUCUGUCCGCAUGGGGGCGGUAGUGCGCCAGCGAGCUCUUUGGCCAACGCCGGAAAUUCAAAGAAGACGAAGUGAGCGAAACUCAAACAAAUCAGUUGGACUCCCAUCACGUCAGCGUAAAACUAACGUUACGACGACCGCAUCCCAAGAAGACAUCCAAAGGGACGCGUUAGCUUGGAGCUAAGGAGGCUAACGAUGAGCGGCCGCGUGACGUCCACUCGCUGCCGGGGCAGAGCCUCCGGGAGCCGGGGCCACGAGCAGCCCGCGCCCCGGGGGGCCAGCAGGGUGCUGGCCGAGCGGAACCAGGCGGUGGUGGCGGUGGGAGCCUGGGUGGAGGACGGACACGACCUGGAGCACCCGUGGGCUCUGGCGUCGCUCACCGAGGAGAUCCAGUCAGAGAAGAGGAGGGAGACUGAAGAAGGUCUGCAACGGUUUCAGGAUGAAGUGCGCCACCGUGUGGCACAGCGAGCUCACUGCAGCCAGAAGAGGCAGCCGAGAGACUCCAGACGGAGUGUUCAUGAGGCCCCACCUGACAGGAGCAGCCCUCACCAGCAGGUGUGGACCCAGCAUGGGGGGGGGGGGCCCGUGUCUGAGGGAGGUGCUGCACAACAGAGGAGCCCUCGCCAGUCGGCGGGCGGCGUGAGGCGGGUCCGACUCAGACUGGCGGCCUGCCGGACGCUCCCCCCCCUGCGGGGGGAGGCGGAGCUGCCGGGAGGCGACUGGAGCGUCGCUCCUUCCAGACAUAAAGCUGCACCGGGCGGGGAGAAACCAGACCGGGAGGAGGAGGAGGAGGAGGAGGAGGAGGAGGAUCAUCUCUUCACUGGUCAACAUGAAUGUCCCCUCGUUCAGCAAAAGGGGACUGGGCCGGCGCCGAGGGGUCCGGAUCCACGGGCCCCGGACCCCAAGACCAGCAGAGUCCCUCAGCAGGCCGUGUGGCCUCUGGCCGACCAGGAGCACCUGAGGAGACAGCGUCAGUCUCAGUUCGUGUCGCUCCGCCGUCUGUACAUGAACAUGGAGAGAGAGAAAGUGAAGGAGAAGCAACAGAACCGGAAACACCUGCAGAGGACGGCCAGGCCUCGAUACUCUAUGCCUAGAAUCGUGUCCUGUGAUGAAGAGGACGUGAUCGUCUCUUCUCCUCCGAAGGAUCAAAGUGGAGAAGGAACAGAUGCGUCUGGAGGAGGAGAGGAAGAUGGAGAGAGCGGGCCGGCUGGCGGAGGUCAGGCAGAAGAUGGAGGAGAGAGAGAGGAUGAUUGUGGAGCGCCUGAAGCUGGAGGAGGAGGAGAGAGAGGAGCAGCUGCAGAGGAGGAGGAGGGAGGAGAGAGGGAGAGGAGCUUCAAGGUUCCUGGAGGCGCUCCGGUCUCAGGUGAAGGAGCGUCUGUGUGGGGAGGAGCUGGAGCCGCCUCCCCUCUGCUGCUGCGCCUCCUCCUUCUGGGACUCGCACCCCGACACCUGCGCCAACAACUGUGUGUUCUACCACAACCCCAAAGCGUAUGCGAGGGCGUUGCGCUCCUCCAUGUUGAGUCUGGAGCUGCAGUGAAGAAGAUGAAGAAGUUCCUCCUGCGGCCAGAGGAGAAGGUCGAGGUGGCGCCUCAGCGUCUACGUUUAGUGAAGACUCGAGGGCUCAGGUCACGUCUCAAGACUUUCUAGUUUGUCCUAAAUACAUCCAGUACAGAUUUAAUAUCUUUAUUUAUAGAUGAAUUUAACGAUGAUAUUUAUUUGAACUCCUCUACGGGGUCGGAGAUUGAAAUGGAUUGUUUACUUUCUUACACUUUCUUUAUUAAAUCUAUUUUAAAUGUCAGACACAAUCCUCAGUUAUUUACUUUUAGUGCUUCUUAAUGGAUAAUAAAGAAACUUUAAGCUGCUAUGAUUAGUAAAUCAUCAUCAAGAGCUAUGAAUGACGUCUUCAGAGUUGUGCUUAAAACAUUGAAUUAAACGUCUUUUUUAAUUUGA